AUGGAACCUUCUGGUGCUGAUGCAGGAUUUUUCCAAAAGGUUCCUGUUCUGAAGAACCAAGCCCACGAUGACGUGUCUUUCAAGAGGUGUUUCAAACUGUUUCUAUCUCAACAUGUGAUUUCCAAAGCUGGGCCAGAGGUGUCUUCGCUCGGGCAAGACGUCAUAUCCGAUCAAAUCUUCACUUGGAUCACUGAUGCCGAGCAUAACAAGCCAUACCUCAAAGGCUCUGGCCGAGAUGCCUUUGGUCACUGGAAAGGCGAGUUGGUGACGGGUGAGGGAUGGCGCAGCCUGCAAGACUUUAGUAUCUCCAAGGGCAUGGUCGCCACAGGCUAUGACUCUCCCUACGGCGCGUACUCCCGACCUCUCCAAUUCUUGCGGACGCACUUGUGGGUUGGGUCCUGCGCAAACGUGGGCUGCCCGUCAGCCAUGCAAGACGGGGCGGCUUGUCUACUCAGGCGCCACCUCACCGACCCCAAGCUAAGCGCCAGUCUUUCGGCCGAGCAGAGGAAAGUCUUUGAAAAUGCCUACAGAAGACUUACAUCCCGGAAGCCGGGCUAUGCAUGGACGAGCGGACAGUGGAUGACGGAACGUACCGGUGGCAGCGACGUAUCUCUUACCGAGACCGUCGCCACGUAUCAACCCGAUGGGGCCGCGGGUUUGUUGGCCUCCAAGGAAGACCAGAUGCCUCUCGGGCCAUGGAGCAUCAGCGGCUUCAAGUGGUUCUCCAGCGCAACCGAUUCCGAAAUGUCUGUCCUGCUCGCACGUACCCAGGCUGGCGGGCUAAGCACCUUUUUGGCUCCCAUGCGAAAGCAUGAUCCACUUGCCGUGACUCUUGGUGGCGAGCCGAAGGAAGAUGGAACAGUCCUCAACGGCGUCCGCAUUCAGCGGCUGAAGAACAAGUUCGGCACGCAGUCUCUCCCCACGGCGGAGCUGGUCCUGGACAACAUGCGCGGUUGGAUCGUUGGGCAAGAGGGGCGGGGUAUUCAUGAAAUCAGCAACAUCUUGACCCUGACACGAGUUCACUCCGCCGUCGCGGCGGUCGGCGGUGUGGGCCGUGGUCUGGGAAUCGCACGAGCCUACGCGCUGGUCCGCGAAGUCGGUGCCGGUAACAAGGCGCGCAUGAGGCUCGUUGACAGUCCCUUGCACAUGAGAACCCUUGCUAAGCUGUCGGCCGAGUAUCACCGCCUGAUGCUCAUCACCUUUUAUACCUCGUAUGUUCUCGGAGUUUCCGAGCACGCCCCCGUCGACGGCCGCAGCUCCGCCUCGGAACAGCAGAUGUCGCCGGCCCUGCAGGCAGUAACGCCGAGAAAGCAAUCCACCGAGCCACUUCUCCGCAUCAUGACGCAGCUCACAAAGGCAUACGUCUGCAAGCCGAGCGUGCCUCUCCUCUUCUCGUGCAUGGAGUCCCUCGGCGGUGUGGGCUAUCUGGUGAACCAAGACCAAGAGCACCUCAACAUUUCCCGCAUCUACCGCGACACAUGUGUCCUGCCCAUCUGGGAGGGCACCACGGACGUCCUCUGCACCGAUCUCAUCAGAGCCAUCAAGCAUCGCCACGGAGGCGCAGGCAGCAUGGCCGCCUUGGACGAGCUCGUCAAGACGGCCAGUGCGUUCAGGGGCAAGCUCGGCAAACCCAGCGGCUGGGACCCGGUCGAAAAAUGGAGCCAGCUGAGAAGCCACGUCGAGAAGACUCCUCAGGCGGACCUAAUGGGCGAGGCUAGAGAAGUGGUGUGGGCGCUGGGCGACAUCAUCGUCUCCUUGCUCCUGUACGUGGAUGCCAGUAGCGACGGGAGCGAGGUGGCAAAGGAGAUUUUCAUACGGUUUCUCGAGGAAAAGUCCGAGUUGAAGAGACGAAGCAGGGCCAGCACAAAGGAUGAGCUGAUGGCGGAUUUGCGAAUUGUGUACGGCACGGAUGCUGGUAAAGCGCCCGCCAAGCUGUAA